AUGAGAGUGACAACGGUACAUAACACCGCAAUUUCGAGGUGCACGUCGGACACACUUGCAAAUAUCCGAUGCGCCGUUAGACAACGGAACAUCGAUACGUCGUCUCGAUUCGUCAAUAGGGACGCCGCAGCAUCUAAACGCGCUCUGGCGCUUACACCGGCGAAUGGCGAUGGAGAGACGCUGAAACAGCGCCUUUCAGAGACGUUUACACGACGCGCCGCUGCCAAUAAACUAGAUGGUGCAAACUUGCGUUACAGCGCGCGGCAAACCAUUGAAACUGAAUCGCCCGCUUUGACACAGUUCGAGUGUUCGUUGCGUUUGGUGUUCUCGCCC